AUGUGGCCAGCAGACGUUCUGCAAGUUAGACCAGAUCCACCGGAAAAUGACGAAAAUGCAUUUUUCUGCUACGAGGUUGAAUUGAUCGAACUCGAAAAUACAAAAGCUCAAGGAAUAACCGAACUAUUAGCUGCCUUUGUACGACAAGUUGAUAUUAUACAUCAAAUGGAUCGUUUAUCAUAUUUUUUGCUGUUGGUAAAUGAGAAUUAUUUACAUUUUACACAAUUAUAUGUGUCAACAAUUCAAGAUCUGAUGACACAAGACAAUGUUUUCAAUGGUGAUCCACUUCAAAUCAUGUUACAUAUAGAUAAUAUUGAAUAUACAUGA